UAUAUAGAUAUAGAUAAUAAUCAUCCCAAAUCUGACUGUUCCUUUGGACCAUUACCUACGGUACAGACCUACGUUAACGAUGUUUAUCGAAAUCGAUGGACUGAGGUAUCCCUAGUUUCAUGUUUAAAAGUAAAAUGUCACUUUUAAAUUUUAACGUUUGAUUAUUGUUUGCGUUUAGUGAAAGCUGUGCUUACAAGUUACAACUAAAAGCUUUUAUGGAUUUUUAAAGCUUUUUCCUAAAGAUUACAGCCCGUCAACAGUGUAUUAAUUGUUAUUAAGUCGCUGAUUCAAGGAUUACCUGAUUAUUUAAUUUUUUUUUUGUUGUAAACUUAAAUCAUUUACUUUUCAUUGUAAACUAUUAAUGUUGCAACUUAAGGCGAUGGCGUCCAUCAUCUUCCACCAUCCACGAGUAUCUUCUACCUAUUUUGUUAAUUUGAUGUGAACACCUUAGUUAUGUCAAUAUCAAUUUAUAUUUAGCUUAUUCAGUUCCCAAACUCGAGAUAUCAAAAAUGACUCUAGCAUUUCAUAAAUGUAGGCUUUGCUUGAAGCUUGGUGAUUUCUGUUCUAUAUUCGAUCAGGAUGAUACCGUUAAAUUAUCCGACAUGGUUAUGUCUUUCGCUAAUGUUAAGAUAUUUGAAGGUGAUGGUUUUUCUGAUCGCGUUUGUACAUCAUGCAUAGAAAAUUUAAGCACAGCUUAUUUAUUUAAGCAACAAUGUGAGCGAAUUGACCAUCUAAUUAGAAAGUCUCCAGAUACUGAUAUUAAUAAACCACCCCUCACAAACUACGAUGAUUUCUUCAACAAAGAGUUCCAUGUUCACACAGAAUAUGAGUCUGGAGAAGAUGAAAAACGAGAGCUAUGAUAAUAACACCAAUGCUGAAGCUUAUUGUGGAUCUCGGCAUGAGAUAAGUGAUGAGACAGACAGUGAUGUUGACUCAAUUAAAUGUAUGGCCUGCAAUCAGUCAUACAGCAAUAUAGGUAGCCACAGGUGCCACACAGUAUGUACUAUAGAGCGUAAUGGCUUGCAGCAGUCUAGCAGCAGCAAUGAGACUUUGGUUGCCACUGACAUAAGUCAAGAAAACAUCCAAUCAAGACCCACACCUCCUGGUUCUACAAAAUCUUCAUACAUUGAUGUGUCAUGUUUGUUGUGUGAUGCAAGAUAUGACCAGUACGACAGUUAUGUAAUACACCUUAAUAAAUGUCUUACAAAUGUAAAGUUACAUCACUAUGUUUGCCCUGUGUGCCAUGAAAUGUACACAGAUAAAUUAGCAUACUUAGAACAUUUGAAAGUGACA